GCAGCCAGCAUUGCCACCAAGGUCGCGUCGUCUCCAAAGCGGCAACCAUCGCGCAGUCACACCGUCUGAAAAGGCUGUGAAUUGUCAGUAGUCCCUGAAGUGAAGCGUUUCCAGGGAGGAGCUAGGGUGGAGGGUUACCGAGAGACAUGCUUCCCUCCUUGUGCCGCCGAGAGAGUCAGAAGAACACUCAGCUGCCUGCAACGGAGGAGGGGCAGGAGCCGCCGCCGCCGCCGCCAGGAACAGCCGGACUGGCAACUCGCAUCCAGCCGCCGAGGAAGCUUGCCAAGGUCACAAAGGAAACCUUAUGCCCAGCUGCUGUGACGUAGCCAUGACCACCUCCUCUUUGUCACUCCCCGACGGAGUCAAUGAAACAGAAUUUUAUAUUUUAUCCUUUGCGGACUUGGAGCUGAAAGAUCAUCUUCCUUUCUCACCCAAGAGCUGCCACAAAGCUGAAUUUGAUGCCAGUGCCAGAAAGAAGUAUGCAUCAGCAAAGAAGAAGGUAUUAGAUGCAUUUGGUCUCUUUGUCAAAACCAAGGAGGUGGGAGCUGACACUUGCUGCCCAGUGUCUGCUUGCCAAGGGGCCAUUUCCUGGAGGUGCUGUCAGCAGACAUUCAAGGACCUGACUGGGAUUCAUAGGCACGUAGCUGCCCAGCAUUCUGGCGACGUUAGGCAAGAAGCAGCAGCAAUCUUGAAGCAGGUGGCAGGCAACAAUAAUGUCACAAGACGCCCAGUUUCUGUGGACGAAGGGCCUACAUCUAAUGGGCCCCCCUAUAGGAGCCAGAAGGGGUUUUGCAAGCUCCCAGAUAAAAGCCAUCUCAGUGCUGAUGAGAUGACAUGUGAGGUGGGUCAAGUGUUGCUCUACUACUGUUACUGUAAAGUGGUGGAUCCAGAGGGACUCUGUGCAUGGCAGAAGGCUUUGUGUCAACACCUGUGUCUGACCGGCAAGGUGCGAAUAGCUUCUGAAGGUAUUAAUGGAACUGUUGGUGGGAGCAAGGCAGCUACCAGCCUGUAUAUGGAGGCAAUGCUUUCUCAUCCACUCUUCAAAGGCAUUUUGAUGAAGGAUGAUUUCAAGACCAGUGCAGGAGGAGCUCACUGCUUCCUAGACCUUCGAAUUGGUGUCUUCGAAGAAAUAGUACCAAUGGGAAUUGACCCAGAGGAAGUCUCCUACAAAGAAACUGGAAUCCAUUUGACUCCAAAGGAGUUUCAUAUAGAAGUAGAGAAAUAUCUCUCUCGGGGUAAUGAAGCGCAGACGGACACCAUUUUACUGGACUGCAGGAACUUCUAUGAAAGUAAAAUAGGGCAUUUCCAAGGUUGUUUGGCUCCGGACAUCAGGAAAUUCAGCUAUUUUCCCACCUAUGUAGAUGAGAACUUGGAGCUUUUCAGGGGCAAACGGGUCCUGAUGUACUGCACAGGAGGAAUCCGUUGUGAGCGGGGCUCGGCCUACCUCAGGUCCAAGGGUGUAUGCAAAGGAGUCUACCACCUCAAGGGUGGCAUCCACAAGUACCUGGAAGAAUUUCCAGACGGAUUCUACCGAGGGAAGCUUUUUGUCUUUGAUGAACGUUACACCAUCUCCUUCAACAGUGACGUGAUUUCAGGAAGCUGGGCAUUUUUGUUUACUCACCUGAUGACCAAAGAACAUGGAAACAGGAAGCAUUCCUGGUGAAUCACAUCUUGCAGCCUGAGCUAACAGAAAUGUAUUUUGUUAGCAACAGAUGACAAAUGUGUGGAAGUUAUACCACAGUUCAAGGACACAUCAUGUAUAUCUCAAUGCUAGAUCAAAGGAUUUGCAUAAAAGCAUCUGUGGCAGGGCAGGGGCAUGUGUGCUGCAAUUCCACACAUGUGCAAGCUGUAAAAAACCAACAGCCUAGAAUGCAUCACUGGGUGCAGAAUUCAAUUACAUGGAAAUCUCUCAAAUUUUUAAGAAGGUGCUUCUAGCCUAUGGCCCCAAUCCAGCUAAAUGAGUAGUCACAAUUAACUUGGUGUCAUUGGUUCCAGUAGGACUUAGACAUGUGUAACAUUAGCCAGAUCAGGGUCAUCACUGUUGCAAAGAUAUGUCUGAGAGGGUAUGUCACUGCCCAGGGAAACUGCAACAUCUAGAGAGGCUGCUGAAUAGGAUUUCCAGUGGUUGUGGGUGGCACUUCACUGCUUCAGCUGAGGUGCAGCACAGUCAGGGUAGACCUCAGGGAACUGCUCAAAACAGAUACAGAAUUGGGGAAAAUAUUGCAAACAUAUAAUCUGUGCAUAUAGUUACAAUGAGCACCUCCUCAGAAAUGCAGACAAACCUCUGGGCCCUGUAAUUGGCAGGAGAGUUUAAGAAUCUGGCAGCUACUGCAGUGGCAGACCAGAUGUGACAUGUCUUGUUGAGCUCUGGGGUUUGAUGCAAGGUUUGUGUUCCGUAACAAGGGGCUAGGCAUAUUCUUCCAGCAAGAAAGGCAUGUCCACUCUCAGCCGAUCGGUGAGCAAUACUUUAUUAAGGCAUAAUUUACAAGCAGCAGUUCAUCAGAAGGCUGGGUGCAACCCAUCAAGCACUGUUGCAAAUCACCCUCCAUUGAUUUUACUGAGUUGCGUGGGCUCCAUGUCAUAUACGUUGUCCAGCAACAUCACUCAAUGGAUUGCAUCCAUUGGCUUUGAGCCAAACUACAGGGCCUGAUGGUGUCUGGCGUGUUUAAGGGCCCCUCCACCCCAAUACACCUUUUCUGUUGCUUUCCUGACACUCUUGCACUUUCCUUCAGUGGGGAGGACAGAUUGCAGUUUUCUCAAGGGGGGAAUGGGGCAAUGUUGCAUGAUCAUCGAGGUGGCACAAUCUGUUAAGUUCAUCCUGACAGCUAAGGAGGUUGGAGGUAGUGCAAGUCCAUCGUACUACCGAUAACCUUCCCAUCCAAUGAGCACAGUGAAAGAUCAUGCUCCCCACAAAAGAGCCAUUUGAUUGACAGGACUGUCCAUCUAAAUCCACAACAAUAGCAAGGGCAAUUCUCUGGAUCAGAAUAAAAGUGUAACAAAUAAAUGAAGUAGUCAUCCCCAAGAAACACAAGAACAAGAAGGCUUGUGUGUAUCAUCAGGAGGUAUAAGAGGACAAGGUUCACUAUUUUAUGGUCUUGAAUUCUUCAGCAAAAAAAAAAAAAAAAAAAGACCAACAUCCCAUUCAGCAGCUGUCUUUUUUCUUGUGACUAUUGCUUAGAAAAAGAGUGGCCUUACAUUCUUUCUAUUGGAUGCCUAGAUUCAACAAAUAGAUGCUUUUAAAACUGGAUGGCAAUUUUGGGCUGUGGAUGUUGCUCACUGAUUGCAAUUCACAUGUCCUUAAAUUAAUGGUACAUUAGGAUGACAGAAAUGCUGUCAGAGUAGAAAGUUUUUUUUCCUAAUUCUUGAGAUCAAGACAAAAAAUAAAGUGUUUUUAAAAAUG